AUGCAGCGCUUGAUCGAUCUCUCGCUCGGUGGGUUCGUGCGCGCGAUCGCGCUCGCGAUCGCCGUCUACGCCGCCGUCGACAUUCGUCUGUACGCGGUUCGAGAUUACGGAAGGAUCAUCCACGAGUUCGACCCGUGGUUUAAUUAUCGCGCCACGGUGUACUUGGCGGACAACGGAUGGAGUAAAUUCAAGACGUGGUUCGAUUACAUGUCGUGGUACCCGCUGGGACGGCCCGUGGGGACGACGAUUUAUCCCGGGAUGCAGAUCACGGCGGUGUUUCUCUGGCGCGUCUUCAACGCGAUCGGGUUAAAGAUGUCGUUGAAUGACGUCUGUGUGUUCUUCCCGGCGUACUUCGCGGCGGUGGCGACGUUCUUAGUCGCGCUGUUGACGAAGGAGUGCAGUGGAAGCGGCACGGGAGCGGUGGUGGCGGCGUUGGUGAUGGCGAUCGUGCCGGCGCACACGAUGCGAUCCGUAGCGGGCGGUUACGAUAACGAAUCUUUGGCCGUCACGGCGAUGUGCCUGACGUUUUACACGUGGUGCCGCGCUUUGAGAACCCCGAAAUCUUGGUGGGUCGGUGGAUUGGCUGGUUUGGCGUACACAUACAUGGUCGCCGCUUGGGGCGGGUACACGUUCGUGCUCAACAUGGUUGGUUUGCACGCCGCCGUGCUCGUGCUGUACAAGCGUUACAGCUCUUCGCUGUAUAAGGCGUACUCGUUAUUCUUUGUGGUAGGUACGAUCGGGGCGCUUCAGUUUCCCGUCGUCGGUACGCUUCCUUUCACGUCCGCGGAACAACUCGGACCCAUGGGAGUGUUCCUCGGUUUCCAAGUGUUGGAGUUUGUCGAGCGCACGAUGAAGCCGGGUAUGGAGUCGCGCGAAAAGUGGCAGCGACGCAUUCGGAUGUACACAUUGGCUUUCGCCGCCGCCAUCGGCGCGAUAACAGUGCUCAGCGCCACUGGUGUCUACAACAUUAACGGCUUGUCCGUGCGCGUGAAGAGCUUAUUCAUCAAGCACACGAAGACCGGUAAUCCGCUCGUUGAUAGCGUUGCCGAGCAUCAGCCGGGUAACGCCGACUCGUAUUACCGAUUCUUACACUUCAAUUAUUUCAUCGCCCCGAUCGGGUUCUGUUUCUCUGUCGUGCACUUUAUGUUUGACGGUUCCGCGGGCGCCUUGUUCUUGCCGUUAUACGGCUUGGUGGCGUACUACUUCGCUAACCGCAUGGUCCGUCUCAUCAUCUUCCUCGGCCCCGUUGCGGCGUGCUUGGUUGGUGUGUGCAUCGGAUACGCCAUUGAAGACGCGCUUAGCAUCAUGCGGAACGACGACAUCGAGCAAGCUGAGACGCCGUCAGAAACCGAGACGCCAAAGUCGGCGAAGAAGAAGUCGAAACAAGCCGCGUACAAGAAGCCCGAACCCUUGAGCGUUACGGUCAAGAGAGACAUGACAAAGUGGUGGAUGUCGUCCACGGGCAUGUCUCAGCCGAGCAUCAUGUUCAAAGGUCAGCUCAAUGAUGGCAGAACUGUGAUGGUCAAGGAUUACGUCGAGGCUUACGACUGGUUGCGAACGCAAACCCCCGAAGACGCUCGCGUCAUGGCGUGGUGGGACUACGGCUACCAAAUCACUGGAAUUGGUAACCGAACGUCCAUCGCAGACGGUAACACGUGGAAUCAUGAGCACAUCGCUAACCUCGCUCGCAUGUUGACCUCGGACGAAGCUAAAGCGCAUAAGGUCAUUCGACACUUGGCCGAUUACGUGCUUGUUUGGGCGGGCGGUGGAGGAGACGACAUGGCCAAGAGCCCUCACCUUUUCCGCAUCGGCGCUUCCAUCGGGAGCGGCCGCGCCACGGCGGUGGAGAUGGAGAAGAUUACGAGUACUUUUGGCGUCGAUCGAUCUGGUCGUCCGACGCCCAAAAUGGCGUCGUCUUUGCUCUUCAAGCUCGUUUCCCCUCAAGGCUCCGUCAGUCCGGAGCACUUCCGAGAAGUGUACACGUCCAAGUAUCGCAAGGUUCGCAUUUACGAAGUCGUCAACGUAGACGAAGGUUCCAAGGCUUGGGUCGCUGAUCCCGCCAACCGCAUGUGCGAUAACGCCGACGGAACUGGAUUCUGCCCGGGUGCUUACCCGCCGGCGUUGAAAAAGUUCCCGAGCAUCAUCAAGCCGGCGUACAAAGUUCCCGCCUGGAUCAAAGCCAAGCGCGCAGCCGCCAAGUCCGCCAAAUCCGCGGCAAAGGACGAGCUUUAA